CACGUGAGGUAGAUAAUGGUCAUGAGCUGCUGGGUUAAAUGUUGCAGAAAAAGAGCGGAUAAAUCAGUAAAUCGAAAAAUAAGAGUGCAUGAAGGAGAACAAACUGCAACUCAGUACUGAGAGACGACGAGUGGAGCCUUCAGACGUUUCAAGAAUUUGCUCUAUCACUGUUAGCGGCAAAUCUUCUGACUUGUAUGACAAAUCCCACCUAGACUGGACCACCCUGAAGCUGAACGUGAAAGGAAACAUGCAGGAACUGCUUUAAAACGAUAUAUAAGGGCAAAAGAGUGCUCCCGGACAAAGAACAAGCACCAUGCAGCUAGAGCCUUGCUGGACCUAAACAAGGAUCAGGAACCAGAACUCAUAACAACACUCAUUUAUGAUACAACGUUGCAUGCCCAACCUUUUCCAAUCGAGAUGACUAGUGUCUGUUUCGAUCAUGUGAAAGCCUCGCAUUUUCACGCGUUAAAAGAGUUGGCGAAAAGACAACUAACUCUGAGGCAGGCAAACCAAACACACGCAGAUGUUGACCAUCAAAAAGGAGGGUUCUCCGGGGAGCUGGAGUCCCAGUCUGGACCUGGAAGAUCAAAAGCCCCCACAGAUUAAAGAAGAACAGGAGGAGAGUGAAAUCAAACAGUUCAGAUUUAGUCCUGGCCAUGUGAAGAGUGAAGCUGAUGAAGAGACACCUCAGUUGUCACAGUUUUAUCUCAAGCAGACCAAAGAGAACAGGGAUUCUGUGGAGCCAGGUCAAGGUUUAAAGUCUGAUCCCAGCUUAUCCAUGGUUUUGUUUCCAGCAGGUGUCCAGCAGCUGGUAGUAGAUGAAAACAAGGUUUGUCCUGAAAACUGUAAUCUUAAAUUGGACCAGGAGGACCAAGAGCCUCCACAAAUUAAAGAAGAAGAAGAAAGUGAUAUCAUGCAGUUCACCUUCAGUCCUGUCCCUCUGAAGAGUGAAGGUGAAUGUGAACCUCAGUCCUCAGAACUUCAUCUUAACCAGACAGAGGACAGAGACUCUGUGGAACCAGAUCGAUUUGAUCCUAAAGGCAAAACUUUAGACCCUUCUGAAACCGACGUCRGUGAUGGAAGCUGUAGGGAGAGCCGAUGCUUCGUUUGUGGUCAAACAUUCUCAAGUAAAGAUAGUUUAUGUUCUCACGCAAAAGUCCAUACAGAAGAAAAACCUUUCGGCUGCUCAGUUUGUACAAAAGCAUUUAGACGGAAAAGUGAUUUAGUUAAACACACAAGAGUCCACACAGGUGAAAGACCUUAUAAAUGUUCUUUUUGUAAUGCAGCUUUUAAGAGUAAUCGCAGUUUAGCAGAACACACGAGAAUCCACACUAGAGAAAGGCCUUACUGUUGCACAGUCUGUGGUCUAGGCUACAGGCAAAAGUCAUGUCUGACUGGUCACAUGAGACUUCACACAGGAGAAAGACCGUUUAGCUGCUCCAUCUGUAAAGAAAAAUUCAGGUGGAGAAAUUGUCUUCGAUUGCACAAAAAAACUAAAUGUGAAAAAUGACCUUUCAGGUGCUCAGUUUGUGAGGCUCCAUUUGGAAGGGAUCAAGCUUUGGUGGAACACAUGAAAAUCCAUGCAGUAGUCGUGUAACAGUACAUGUAUUUGUACUGGGACAGUUCACUGCAGAGGUAUGGCAAGCAAAUAUUUCAUGUAAGCAACGCUUAGGAAUGUAUUGUGGCAAGCUUUUUGUCUAUAGUCAACAUUUUAUUAAACAUUAUUUUCUGUUUUGUUUGUUUAUAAGCUGGUGUAGAUUCUCAGUCAUCCAGGAAGAUUUUAUUAGGUUCUUCUAAGUAUUUGUUUAUUUUGUAUGAAGUCUGAGUCAAAUUAUUGAAGCAAAAUUAGAUAAAAUCUGUAAUUUUACACCUUCAUUACAAAUAAUGAUGCUUUGAUUUAGAUUGUCUUUGCUUCUGAGAGAAAUAAAGUCAGUAAAAUAAA